CUGACCACAAUACCACUCAAUCCCCUUCUAGCUUCUUCCCGCUAUCUAUACAUACAUACAUAUAUAUAUAUAUAUAUAUAGAGAGAGAGAGAGAGAGAGAGAGUGGUGGUGGUAGUCUUAUUUUGCUGUUUUAUGGGCGUGGUAAGCCCCAUUUUCUUCUGCAUUCCUUCUCUGACAGUUCUUUCUCUCCAUCUUCAUUUUUAUCCAUAAAUCACAGGUUUAAUAGACACCAUUUUCAAUCAACAGCCAAAAGACUUAAAUGGCCCUUGUAUCUGCUACAAUUCUGAGCCUAAUUGUGCUCUUCAUUUCUAAAGGUGUUUCAGGAUCAACAUUUACAUUUGUGAACAAGUGUGACUUCACACUGUGGCCUGGAAUUCUAGGCAGUCCAAACCUAGACAGCACAGGUUUUGAGCUGACAAAAGGCGGUUCACGUAGCUUUCAAGCUCCAACUGGCUGGUCCGGCAGGUUCUGGGGCAGAACCGGCUGCAACUUCGACGGGUCGGGUCGCGGGUCAUGUUCCACUGGCGAUUGUGGCUCUGGCGAGGUUGAGUGCAACGGCGCCGGAGCAACCCCGCCGGCGACACUCGCUGAGUUCACUCUUGGGUCGGGUUCGCAGGACUUCUAUGACGUCAGUCUCGUUGACGGGUACAAUGUGCCGAUGAUAGUGGAGGCGAUGGGCGGGUCGGGUAUGUGUGCAGCUACGGGUUGUGUGGUGGACCUGAACCGGCAAUGCCCGACGGAACUGAGGGUUGGCAACGGCGAGGCGUGCAAGAGCGCAUGUGAGGCAUUUGGGACGCCGGAGUACUGUUGCAACGGCGCAUACGGCUCACCGUCCACUUGCUCGCCUUCGGUGUACUCACAAAUGUUCAAGUCGGCAUGUCCAAGGUCGUAUAGCUACGCUUAUGAUGAUGCCACGAGUACAUUUACGUGUACAGCUGCAGAUUAUAGAAUCACAUUUUGUCAUAGUGUUUCAAGUCAAAAAGCUUGGAAAGAUUCACCAAAAGCAACGGGUACAACGGAUGGGUCGGAUCAGGCUGGUACGUCAUUGUUGUCCAAUGACGGGUCAUGGUUGGCAAAUUUAGCAACUGGAGCUUCGACCCGAACACACCCUUCUUCUACUAUUCAAUUAGCAUUAAUUGUUUCUGCCAUUUCUCUCUCACUUUCGUUCUUACAUUUGUAGUCUCACAUGUUUCUUGUGUCCACCUUUGAAGAUACAUUUUAGAGAGAGAAAACAGAAGAGAGAGAAUCAACGGGUACGAGUUUAAAUCCUUUGCAAUACAGCACAAGCUGAUUGUACCGUGACAAAAUUCAAAUUGUAAGAAACAACUUUCGAAUUAAUUAGCAUAAAUAAACUAUGUAUAGUGAUCUUUUUGUUUAACAAGUACAUAUUUAUA